UCCUAGCGUCUUCUAAGGGGUGAUAUUUUCCCAUUUUUAAGGAACACCUAUGUAUAAGUGAGGAAGGUGUUAGACACUAAAUGUUUUAUUACACAACAGAAGAAGAAUCUUCUUGUUAAGUGAAGAAUCUUCUGAAUAGAGAACUUUAAGUAUGUAGAGGACCUUACACGUAGCUUAUUUUGGAAUCUUACAGAAUUUAUUUAACACGGUUUUGUUGUGUAAUAUUCAUUAGGACGAAAUAAAGCCCAUGUCGCGUGCGCAAUUCAGUGAAUGACCUGAUGGUUCUGAAUUUAACAUUCAUCACCAGAUUAAGGACUUGCAACCAGGUCAAAACUUUUAUGACGUUACAUUGUUCACUGACUGACUUAGAACGGCAACGGAAUUUUAAGGCCAAGUCGCUUCAAGAUAUCACUUUAAUGCGGCUGAAGAUGCCUCUUGUUGUGCCAGAAGACUGGCUGUGCAGUAACUCAUAUGAGCUCUGAGUGCCGCUGUUGAUCAGGGUGGCGACGCGCUGCUGGCCCCUCCUGUAAUUUUUUCAAUCACAUGUACAGGGAUCCCAAACUCACACAAGAGACGCUCACCGCUGUCAAAGCUCCUGAUACAGAAUAACACGGAUACAUUGGAUGUCUUCAGGGCUGGGUAUCAGGUCGUUGAAUCGCUCAUAUUUAAAUUCGUUUCGGAAAAUAAGCAUAUAGAUGUAUGGUUUAUGUUGAGGAAAGAAACAUGGGACUUCUUUGUUUGCUUGGCGCUGCUGGGAAUGUCGGUCGUGUGUGGAAAUGGCAACUGCGGCUUCUCCUCUUGUGUUUUUGCGCCGCAAAGGUGGCACGCGCGCAGAUCCGCUAUUCGAUCCCAGAGGAGAUGGUGAAGGGCUCGUUCGUGGGGAAUAUUGUACAAGAUCUGGGUCUGGAAGUGCAAAGAAUAAAACUGGGCCGGGCUCGAAUUUUUACGGAAAACAGUCGUGAGUAUAUCGGUCUGAAUUCUGAUAAAGGCACUCUGGUGGUGAAUGAAAGGGUUGAUAGAGAGGAGCUGUGUGCUCAGGUGUCUCCGUGCUCAUUACAUUUACAAAUAAUACUGGAAAAUCCAAUGGAGCUGCACCGCGUUAUUGUAGAAAUAGUAGAUAUUAAUGACAAUGCUCCCGUGUUUCCAAAGAAAGAAGUGCGAUUUGAAAUAAGUGAAUUAUCCGUUUCGGCUGCUCGCUUUUUGCUUGAGAGUGCGAUGGAUUCUGAUGUUGGUGUUAAUUCUCUUCAGACUUAUACCUUACAUCCGACAGAUCAUUUCGCACUAAAACUACAGUCACGCCCAGACGGCACUAAAUACGUUGAAAUGAUGCUUCAGAAGCCACUUGAUCGCGAGAAACAGGAAGAACACAAAUUAAUCCUGACCGCAUUUGAUGGGGGCAGCCCUCAGAAAUCUGGUACAGCUCAAAUAAACAUAGUUGUCCUGGAUGCAAACGACAACGCACCCGUAUUCAGCCAGACACUGUAUAAAGCCGCUCUGAUGGAGAAUUCUUCACCGGGCACUACGGUUUUGACUGUUAGCGCGUCUGAUGAAGACAAGGGAUCAAAUGGCGCAGUUACGUAUUCCUUUUCCCAUGCCGCUGACAGCAUCUCCGAAUUAUUUACCAUCGACGAAAAUACGGGAUCCGUUACUGUGACUGGACUGUUGGACUUCGAAAAUUCGAAACAGUAUGAAAUAAACGUGCAAGCGAAAGACCAAGGAGGGUUAACUGACUCCAGUAAAGUGCUGAUUGAUAUUAUAGACGUGAAUGAUAACGCUCCUGUAAUUACAAUAAUGUCCUUUUCGAACCCGAUACCCGAAGACUCGGCACCAGAGACGGUAAUAGCAAUGAUCAAUAUAAAGGAUUUAGACUCUGGAAAAAACGGACAAGUUCGAUGUUCCAUUAAGCAAGAUUUACCUUUUCGAGUCAAAUCGUCAUCUUCAAAUUUUUACACUUUGGUCACAGAUGAGGUGUUGGACCGUGAGAAGGUUUCUGGAUACAAUAUAACUAUUACAGCUAUGGAUGAGGGAUCCCCUCCACAUUCUACCAACAAGAUUCUGACUCUGAGGAUAUCAGACGUCAAUGAUAAUGCGCCCCUAUUCGAUCAACACACAUACACCGCUUAUGUUCUGGAGAAUAACGCACCAGGGACGUCCAUAUUUGCAGUGAGUGCCAAAGACAAUGAUUCCGGUAACAAUGCGCAUGUUUCAUAUUUUCUGGAGGACAACCAAAUUAAUGGGAUGACGCCCUCGCCUUACAUUUCAAUAAAUUCAGAGAGUGGCACAGUUCACGCAGUGCGUUCUUUUGAUUACGAAAAGAUAAAGGAAUUACAAAUUCGUGUGAAAGCUCAGGAUGGGGGGUCUCCGCCUCUAAGCAGCAAUGUCACUCUGAACAUCGUAAUCAAGGACCAGAACGACAACGCGCCUCAGAUUCUGUACCCAGUACAAUCUGGUGCCUCUGUGGUGGCUGAAAUCGUGCCUCGUUCAGCAGACGUUGGAUAUCUUGUUACUAAAGUGGUCGCUGUUGAUGUGGACUCUGGGCAGAAUUCAUGGCUCUCAUAUAAGCUGCUGAAAGCGACAGACAAGGCGCUGUUUGAUGUGGGGUUACAGAAUGGAGAAAUAAGAACUUUACGUCAGGUCACUGAUAAAGAUGCUACAAAACAAAAACUUACUGUUGUAGUGGAGGACAACGGGCAGCCCCCACGCUCUGCUACCGUCAAUGUGAACGUGGCAGUGGCUGACAGCUUCCCGGAAGUGCUGUCGGAAUUCACUGAUUUUACGCACGACAAGGAAUAUAGUGAAAGGCUGACUUUUUAUUUAGUUUUGGCAUUGGCUGUAAUAUCGUUUCUUUUUAUUGUGUCGAUCAUCGCCAUAAUUUCAGUAAAAUACUACAAAUGGAGACAGUCUAGAUUAUAUUUUAAAUCAAACGCAAACCUCCCAGUUAUACCGUAUUACCCACCAUUUUACGCAGACGCCGGAGGUACCGGAACUCUUCAGCAAGUGUAUAAUUACAGAACUACUGACUCUAGAAAUAGCGAUUUGAAGGAUGUCAGACCGUACAGUGAGAGCAUCAUCAGUCUGGACGCCAGUGGAAGCCAAACACUGCCGCACGUGCAGGAGAAAGGGGUCGGACAGAAUUCAGAAAACUAGCAAAAACCCCCCAACACUGACUGGCGUUUCUCCCAGAACCAGAGACCUGGAACUAGUGGUCAGCACAAGUACAACACGACGCA